CGCUGGCCCGCGACCCUGAGCCCAGGGAACUCUCUGGGUGGGGGGUAGGCCCCCGGGGACCCGGGCCAGCUCCCGGCGCGACGAUGGAGGAGCAGCAGCGCGCGCGCUCUCACACGGUCACCACCACCGCCAGCUCCUUCGCGGAGAACUUCUCCACCACCAGCAGCAGCUUCGCCUACGACCGAGAGUUCCUCCGCACCCUACCGGGGCUCCUGAUCGUGGCUGAGAUCGUCUUGGGACUGCUGGUAUGGACGCUCAUCGCUGGCACUGAGUAUUUCCGAGUCCCUGCUUUUGGCUGGGUCAUGUUCGUAUCUGUCUUUUACUGGGUCCUCACCGUCUUCUUCCUGAUUGUCUACAUCACUAUGACCUACACCAGGAUUCCCCAGGUGCCCUGGACCACAGUGGGCCUGGGCUUCAAUGGCAGCGCCUUCGUCCUGUACCUCUCAGCGGCCAUAGUGGAUGCAUCCUCUGUGUCCUCCGAGAAGGACAGUCACAACUUCAACAGCUGGGCAGCCUCCUCGUUCUUCGCCUUCCUGGUCACCAUCUGCUAUGCUGGAAACGCAUACUUCAGUUUCAUAGCCUGGAGAUCCAGGACCACACAGUGACUUCCUCUUCUGAUAAUGGAGAAGAAAACACACCAGGACAGAUCUCGCUGUGAAAAAAAAAACAAAAACAAAAAACAAACAAACAGUUGUAGCUAUAAUGUAUAUUGCCCAGAAUUGUAUUUAACUAAUGUUUUUAUAUCUUAGCUAAAUUCCCUCCUAGCGGCUUGUUACAGUUAGACUGGAUGCUUACUUGCGAAUUGCCCUACUUCCUCAUAGGUUUUAUUUUCUUACACAAUGUAUAAAUAAAUUGCUAAGUGUUAAGAAUGUGUGGGGUUCAUAAAGCUAAAUUUUUUCUUUUCUUUUUGGUCUUUUUUUGAGACAGGGUUUCUCUGUGUAGCCUU